GACAAUUAGACAAUUACGACAAGGUACGUUUAUUCCACACAUGUGCACCUACCCACUUCCCAACCCACUUUUUACAUUUCUUACGUGAUUGGCCCAUGCACUCCUGCCAAGCCCCAUCAUAUGCACUUCCCCCACACCUGCCGUAAUUCUAUUAUUUUCCGCGACCCACACAAGAAACAACAACCCUUAAAAAAUUCUGGCCGCGUCUGAACAUCUGGUCUCUCUUCCAUUUCUUCCUCACACCUCUCAAAUCUCAUCAAUCUCAAGCUCGUUGUGUUGCAACUCAACUCCAAACCCAACUCUUUCAAUCUUCUCUAGGGCACGUAGCCACCCUAUUCCUCCCCCGAAAUUGUUCAAGAGUUCAAUACUGAACCUAAACCCGAACGCUUUUAACGUCUACCAUUACCUCGAUCAACCUACCUCCAACUAAUCUCCCAACCAGAACCAUCCUUCGCAAUGGCUGCCCCCGUGGAGAAAGUUGCGGACGCUGUCAAUGACGUUACCAAUGCUCUGAGCAAUGCCUCAAUCACUGAAAAGGACGAUGCCAAGGAUGCUGUCCAUGCCAGUGCCGCCGAGGGUCGCCGUCUCUAUAUCGGCAACCUCGCAUAUGCGACAACCGAGGGGGAGUUGAAGGAAUUCUUCAAGGGUUACCUUGUUGAAUCCGUCUCCAUUCCCAAGAAUCCCCGCACCGAUCGUCCCGUUGGCUAUGCCUUCGUCGAUCUCUCCACCCCGACCGAGGCUGAGCGUGCCAUUGGUGAGCUGUCCGGCAAGGAAAUUCUCGACCGCAAGGUCUCUGUUCAGCUUGCCCGCACUCCUCAGCCAGCUGGUGAGAAGGCUGAAGGAGCCACCAACGGUGAAGCCGGUGGUGAAGGAUCUCGACGCCGUGCUUCUGGACGUGGCCGUGGACGCGGUCGCGGUCGUGCUGGUCGCGCUGGACGUGGCGGCCGAGCCGAGGGUGGCAAAGAUGAUGCCCAAACUACCGAGGGAGCCGCGAACACCGCCGCUGCCCCCGAUUCCGCUGAGGUUCUACCAUUAACCGACAUCACCAAUAAGACGGACACUGACAGAAAUGAGAAGAAAAAGGGACCUGCUCGUGAACGACGUGAGCGUGGACCGCCUGCUGACGGAAUCCCCUCAAAGAACAAGGUUAUGGUCGCCAACCUACCCUACGACCUGACUGAGGAGAAGCUCAAGGAACUCUUCAACGACUACCAGCCGUCUUCGGCCAAGAUUGCUCUCCGUCCCAUUCCCCGCUUCAUGAUCAAGAAGCUUCAAGCUCGUGGUGAGCCCCGCAAGGGCCGUGGCUUCGGCUUUGUUACCCUGGCCUCGGAGGAGCUUCAGCAGAAGGCUGUUGCUGAGAUGAACGGCAAGGAGAUUGAGGGUCGGGAGAUCGCCGUCAAGGUCGCCAUUGACAGCCCGGACAAGACCGAUGAGGAGGCUAACAUCCCUCAUGAGGCCGAGGCCAAUGGCCAGGAAGCGGCUCCUGCUGCCGCCGCUUAGAUUUCGGUCUAAGCUUUUCUGGACGACGGCACAAGUCCCAAGUAUGAUGAGAGAAUGAAUGCAACCAAUCAUUCAUUACCUACUAUUACGAAAAUAUCCUAUAUGCUUGUGCCUCAGUCUACUUGGACCUAAUGAAUGAUGGGAAUUUUUACUUGCUCCUUUAACCAUAGAUACGAACACACAAAGCAGUAGCAGAUGUGGUCUCGAAUUUUGUCAGGAGCAUAUGCUUUGUGGCAUUUGCAUUUCUGGCGAAGGUCUUGAUCAUGAUGCUACAGUUUUACGAAUGAUUUUUGUCCAAGACCUCAUGAGCAUUUUCACGGGUUGUACACUAGGUGGACACCAGGAGGGGAUGGUUAGGGAGGACGCGGAAAAGUUCUGGAGCUCAGAAUUGAUAUGAUUGAUAUGAAGAACACGAUGCUUUUUUGUGACGUUAUUUUCUUGUGACGUCUGCUAUGUAAUUGUUUGUGAUUGAGAUGUGUAGACCACUAACUAAGUACUAGGUAUUAUUACUGUAGGUAACAACUUGAAAUCUUGAAGGUUAACUAACUACAUAUACCUACAUAUGUAGGUUAGUACAUAUUAAA